AUGUGUCCAUCCAUCUCUGCUUGGGUUGAUUUUUUAUACGGGCAACCAGCUAGGCUUUAUGUGGGGAAUGAUUAUAUUUGGUCUUCCACGGGGGUUCAGCAAGGGGAUCCUUUAGGGCCUCUUCUUUUUGCCCUUGUUUUACACCCUCUUGUUCUCCGAAUCAGAGAUCGUUGUAAGCUUCUUUUUCACGCCUGGUACCUGGAUGACGGGACCAUUAUUGGAGAUGCUACUCAGGUUGCCAAGGCUUUAGACAUCAUUAGAGUGGAGGGCCCCUCCUUGGGCCUCCUUCUCAACAUUAAAAAAACUGCAGUUUUUUGGCCUGCAUGCGAUGGGGUGAAGAUUCAGGAGGGUUUAUUUCCGCGGGAGAUUGGUAGGCCGGUGCAUGGUGUGAAACUCUUGGGUGGUGCUGUCAGUAGAGAUGGGCAGUUUAUUAGUGGGUUGGCCCUCAAAAGAGCCAAAUGUGCGGUUGAGCUGAUGGGAUGCCUCAAACGCCUUAAGGACCCUCAGAGCGAACUCCUUCUGCUUCGUUCGUGUAUGGGGGUUGCUAAACUGUUGUUUGGGCUUAGAACGUGUCAGCCUUCUUAUGUCGGGGAAGCCGUCUCUGUUUUUGACAAGGGGCUUCGGAAUACGAUCGAGGACAUUGUUGUUUGUGGGGGUGCCUUUUUCGGGGACCUACAAUGGAGGUUAGCUUCCCUCCCGACACGUUUUGGGGGGCUUGGGAUUUGCUUAGCUGAGGAUGCCUCUUCCUACGCUUUUGUGGCUUCAAGGGCCCAAUCUUGGGUUCUUCAAGACCACAUCCUUCGCGAAUGUGGGGGAGAGCUGUUGGACUCUGAUUACAAGGGUGCGUUGGACAAUCUGCAUAGUUCUCUUCCCGAUCUUGAUCUUGGCGGUUUCUACAUUAAAGACACCGCCCCCAUUAAAGCCUAG